UGGGAGCGUCCGUGUACAGAAAGACAAAAAAUGACAAAGUGCGUACUAUGCGUGAAAUCAGCAACGGGCCCUUUUCUUAACAAAAGCAAUACGAAGAAUUGAAGCCUUGAAGCUUGAAAGCUUGAAGACCGGUGGAGAUCACUUGACCCUUGACGCGGACGGCCAUGCUCUCAGGCCUCGAAACUACUAGCUUGCUGCUUCCAUCACCUCCGUCGUCAUGGCCGCCGCUAUCUCUCUCAAUAGCCGCUCUCUGUGGUCGACGUUCCUUUUAGCAAGCGCAGUCGUACUGCUCCUCCGUCGAUUAACUCGAAGCCCUCGGCGUCUAUCCAACAUUCUUAAAACUGACGAGCGAGUUUUGAUCCUUGGAGCGUCCGCAGGCAUUGGUCGAGAGAUAGCAAGGCAGUACUCUUCACGGGGAGCCAAAGUAUGUGUCGUGGGGCGGAGGGAGCACUUACUUGCCGAACUCGUCAACGAAUGCAAGGCAUUGGGCCACAGCGUACUGGCAUUGACUGGGGACGUGGCUAGUGCAGAUGACAUGAUUCGUGUUCGUUCAGCAUUAGAAGCUGAAUGGAACGGACUGGACACGGUCAUUUUAUCUGCCGGUGUAUCUGCUCUUCAGCCGAUUCUAUCUGUCGCUGGGAUCGAGAAUCAAGAGAAUGCUACUACGCUUCCUGACAUCGACAGCGAAGGCGUCAACAGAACCGUUUCAAUUACUGAAGCGGCCGUCCGAGGCAACUAUAUUGGUCCCAUGGUCGUCGCUGUUACUUUUAUCCCUCUGCUUACUCGUACUUCCAAAGCACCAUCUAUUCUUCAGAUCUCUUCUCUCGGUGCCGUUGUUCCAGCCGCGACAAGGGCCUUGUAUGGAUCCACCAAAGCUGCUUCCCUCGUCCUCUAUCAAGCCCUCGCAAGCGAACAUCCAUCCAUCUCCUUCUCUUUUGUGCUUCCCGCUACUGUUGAAGGUUCGUUUCGCGCUUCGGCUGUUGACCAAGGCACAGUUCGCGAAGCAGACCCGAAUAAGAGCGGUUUGAAGCUCAGCUAUGUAGCAAGGCGGUGUAUAACCGCAGUGGAUAACGCUGAGAAGAUCGUAUUUAUGCCUGGCUGGAUGAGAAUCGCCCACUGGCUUUAUUGGAUGCGGCCAGCUUUGAUAGAGCCGGCAACGAGGGCAAAAUACAAUUUCCAUCCAAAGGUUUGAGUGCGGUACAACGGUGUAGGCAAAUUGGGACUUAGAGUUUGACGCAUACCGCUGGCUUUAGUUAGAAACUUCUUGAGUAAUUCUUCGGUUCAG